AUGGACUUCUACCUCGACUCGCUAGACAGGGAAGAGAUCAAGGAAUACUUCGCCAGACAGGUGAACAUUUCGGGGGAGUGCCGGGAGGAGAUUUUGUCGACGGACGUGACGGCCUACGACAUCUUCGACCGCGCUAGAGCAGAGGUUCUGGCCGUUAUGGAGACCAACUUCCAGAGGGAGUUCGUAGAGACAGAGGGGUUCCGCCGAAUCGUCGAUGCGGCCGAGCAAGAGCAGCGAGAGAAUCGUCUCCUGCAGGCAGGGGGCUUCUUGCCGCCGGACUCCCCGCCUUCGCCCUGCGUGUGACGACGUCCGCUUCCUCUUUCCCGAGGGCCCCCCCUGUUGGCCACUCGCUUCAAGCUUGCUUGCCCCUGUUGUGGGAUGGCUGUUGCCACUCAGUCCCCCCGCGGGAAGCGCUGAAGAUUCUUCGUCUGCUGUGGCGAUACCCAAUGUCGAUGGGGCUGUUGUGGAGCGAGGAAGUCGUGGUGGUGUGCAAGAGGUCGAUGCUGCUAGCGUUGAUGCUGAAGCAGGCGGUACUGGUGGAUACGGGGAGAGGCCCUCAGGGCGUGGGCGUCCACUGACUGUGCCCCGCGAGUGGUGUCCGUGGAGCAAAGGGCCACGACAGGGAUGGCGAUCUAGUUGUUGAGAAUGACGGCAGCGAUGGAGCGGGGUGGUGGUGGCGGCAAACUCGAGGUGUUGCUCUGUGCACGGGAGGUGCUCCUGCGGCACAUGUUGGUGAUGAAUCACCGCUGGCAGCAUGUAUCGGACUGGCGCCUCCGGAGGCGAGUGGAAGGUGCUGGCACGACCGCGUCUUUCUCCCUCAGGAAGGGGCGAUGGUGUUCUUUGAAAACGAAGGGAUGGAGUCCCUGAUGCUUGCAGGGGUCUGUGCGCAGGAUGAGGCACACACCUUAGCACUAGUCGCGGGGGCGUUGUUGCGGAAUUUGCAUUCCAAUGUGGCUCAAUGUAUUCAUUCUAUAGGUAUGCUGAUUGGCUUCUUUUUUUUUCGGAUGGGCCGGCAGCGGUGACCGGAUGGCCAACGAAAAGCUUGGGUAGGGAAGGGAAGUGAGAACUCCUUUUUUUUGUUGUUGGCGGUGCCCCCCGACAGGUGCGGGUAGAUGCAGGGGAGACCGCUGGACAGACUGUUCGGCCUCCGUAUUAAGAACAUGAAAACGUCGCACAUAUCUCCAGGUUUUUUCCGUUUCCGCUGAUGUGGGUUUCGUUGGAGCCCGAUGUGUACCGGAAGGAUGACUCGAGGUUGAUGAUCGUUGUUUGGUAGUACGAGCGUGUUUAGAUGGUUGGGUUGCUGUGAUCUCAGUUUUGUCUCCUUUUUGCGUCGAUGCGUCUCUUACGCGCGUGUGUGUGUGCGGAAGGUUGCGAUAUCAUUUACUUCGUCCGGGAAAAAUACGGCGUCCUUUACGAAGGCGAUAUGCCUAAUGUGCAUAAUAUCUUGGGGUGUUCUUGUGGAUGGAUUCAUUCGCUCAUCGAUGUGUAUUGGUUGUGCUUGUGUGGGAGGUUUUGGGUUCGAGACGUUCGCGGGGUUCCGGCAAGGCACGCGGUGUUUGUUCGUGCAAGAAGUCAUUCUGGCGUCCACAAUUCCGGCGUUUG